CUGUUUUGCAAGGCUGAUGACUUCCGGGUUUUGGGUAGUACGUAAUGUUAACAAAAUCCAAUGUUAUUAUCCAAGAAAUAACUUUCAACUUCAUAUUUUAACACAAAAUGGUCAAUCUUGGUCUCACUCGAGUGGACGAUGAGCUGGUAGCAAAACACCCGGGUUUGGAACGUUAUGCUGCCUGUCAGUCUCACGCCUUCAUGAAGGGCACUGGAAGUUUUGUUCUCGGUGCUGUGGGGCUUUUUGCUCUCCAGAAGGGUCUGCCGAAGAGACUUUCAUAUCCUCUGCAGUGGAACCUGCUUGUUUCUAUCGUGGCAUCAUCUGUGGGCAGCUAUGCGAUGACACGGUGGGAAACCCAAAAAUGCUCCGACCUUUGGUUGCUACUCGAAACUGGCAAAGUCCCGGAUAGAUUCCCGCCACAAAUGCCUAAAACAGAAGAACCACCAGGAACUGAGAAGACCAAAUACGGUGAUGUCAUGGAUUGAAAUCUUUUAAAAAGAACAAUGUUGCAAAGUCGAGCUUAUCUCUUCCGGGACGCUGGUCUACCUCCAAGUACAAUUUUUCACAUCGGAUAUAUAAUAUAUAACAAAUGGUCAAACCGUAAACAAUCUUACAACCUUCAUGAAGUGUACUUGCAAUCACAUUUGAACAUUAUUAACCAUCAUGCAAGUGUAUAAAGAGUAACAAACUGCUUUCAGACUUCAUAGCAUCAUUAAUGUGAGGAUAAACUGAUACACUGAAGGUCA